AUGUUCCGCACUGGCUUGCAGCUGGCCAAGAAGGGCGCUAGUCCAAACCCCUUCAAUGCCAAGUUCCUGGCGUCUCUGCAGGUCGACGGCGGCAGCGCCAAGUACUAUAAGAUCAACGAGAUCAGCUCAAAGUACAACAACCUCCCCUUCUCCAUCCGUGUUCUGCUAGAGUCCGCGGUGCGCAACUGCGAUGAGUUCGAUGUGACGUCGAAGACGGUAGAGAGCAUCUUCGACUGGAAGGUCAACUGCAGGAAGGGAAUUGAAAUCCCGUUCAAGCCGGCUCGCGUGGUGCUGCAGGACUUCACCGGCGUGCCGUGCAUCGUGGACCUAGCGGCCAUGCGUGACGCGAUGCAGCGCCUUGGCGGUGACCCGCGCCGCAUUAACCCGCAGAUUCCUGUCGACCUCGUAGUGGAUCACUCCGUGCAGGUGGACUGCGCUGGCGUGCCUGACGCGGUGGUGCAAAACCAGAACAUUGAGAUGCAACGCAACCGAGAGCGCUUCGAGUUCCUCAAGUGGGGCUCGAGGGCGUUCGACAACCUUCUGAUUGUCCCGCCCGGCUCCGGCAUUGUUCACCAGGUGAACCUCGAGUACCUCGCUCACGUCGUGUUUAACGCAGACGGGAUGCUAUACCCGGACUCCGUUGUCGGAACCGACUCGCACACGACGAUGGUCAAUGGUCUGGGCGUCGUGGGCUGGGGUGUUGGUGGCAUUGAAGCCGAGGCCGGCAUGCUGGGUCAGUCCCUCUCCAUGGUGCUGCCGCAGGUCGUUGGCUACAAGUUCACGGGCAAGCUGCAGGAGGGCUGCACGGCAACCGAUCUCGUGCUUACUGUUGCGAAGAACCUCCGCAAGCUCGGUGUGGUGGGCAAGUUUGUCGAGUUCUACGGCCCCGGUGUCGACGCGCUCUCAGUCGCUGACCGGGCCACACUGGCCAACAUGGCUCCUGAGUACGGCGCCACCACUGGCUACUUCCCCAUCGACUGCGAGACGAUCGAAUACCUCAAGAACACGAACCGCUCUGCCGCGCACGUGGCCCGCAUUGAGAGCUACGUCAAGGCUGUAGGGCUCUUCCGCACCGGCAACGAGGAGAUCGAGUACACGCAGCACCUGGAGCUUGACCUCUCCACAGUGGUGCCGUGCGUUGCCGGCCCGAAGCGCCCUCAAGACAACGUGCCCCUGACGGAUGUGUCGAAGGACUUCAAGGCCUGCAUGUCGGCCAAGUCUGGAUUCAAGGGCUUUGGCAUCCCGGAAGGAGAGCACAAUAAAAAGGUCAAGUACACCGUCAACGGCCAGGAGGCGACGAUGCAGCACGGCAGCAUCGUGAUCGCGGCUAUCACCUCCUGCACGAACACCUCAAACCCCACCGUGCUCGUCGCGGCGGGUUUGCUGGCACAGAAGGCUCUGCAAAAAGGCUUGAGGGUGCCGCCAGGCAUCAAGACAUCGCUCUCGCCGGGCUCGCACGUGGUGACCAAGUACCUCGAGAACGCCGGCCUGCAGAAGAGCCUCGAGGCCCUCGGCUUCAACACGACAGGCUACGGCUGCAUGACGUGCAUCGGCAACUCGGGCGAUAUUGCGCCGGAGGUGUCCAAGUGCAUCACGGACAACAAUUUCGUUGCCGCAGCGGUACUCUCCGGCAACCGCAACUUUGAGGCCCGCAUUCACCCGCUGACGACCGCCAACUACUUGGCAUCGCCGCCGCUCGUCGUUGCCUUCGCACUCGCCGGGCGCGCGAACAUUGACUUCGCCAAAGAGCCGAUCGCGAACGGCGUGUAUCUGCGCGACAUCUGGCCAAGCAACGCGGAAAUUGUGGAGGUGGUGAACAAGUACGUGACGCCGGACCUGUUCAAGGAGGUGUACGCCAACAUCACAACCAUGAACCAGCAAUGGAACGAGCUCCAGGUGGACAAUGGCGAGUUCUACAAGUGGGACCCCAGGUCGUUAUACAUUCACAGCCCGCCGUACUUUGACGGCAUGACGCUCGACCCACCUGGCGUGAAGAGCAUCGAGAACGCCGCCUGCCUUGCCAUCUUCGGCGACUCCAUCACGACGGACCACAUCUCGCCGGCAGGCAACAUAGCCAAGGACUCACCGGCGGCGAAGUUUCUCAUGGCGCGUGGCGUGGAGCGGAGGGACUUCAACACGUACGGCUCGCGCCGCGGAAACGACGAGGUGAUGGUGCGCGGCACCUUCGCCAACACGCGUCUCGGAAACCGCCUCGUCGGCGAUGGUCAGACGGGCCCAUAUACGUUGUACCACCCGACCGGCGAGAAGAUGUUCAUCUUCGACGCGGCCAUGAAGUACAAGGAGGCCGGUGUGGCGACGGUCAUUCUGGCUGGUAAGGAGUACGGCAGCGGCUCGUCGCGUGAUUGGGCUGCCAAGGGGCCGUUCCUGCAGGGUGUGAAGGCCGUCAUCGCGGAGAGCUUCGAGCGCAUUCACCGCUCGAACCUGGUCGGCAUGGGCGUCAUUCCGCUGCAGUUCAAGGACGGCGAGAAUGCCACCUCCCUUGGCCUGACCGGCAAGGAGCACUUCUCGAUGAGCUUCUCCGGGGAACUGCGCCCGUGCCAGGACAUCGUCGUGAAGUGCGACAACGGCAAGACCUUCACGACGAGACUGCGCAUUGAUACCGAGGUGGAGGUGAAGUACGUCGAAAACGGUGGCAUCCUCAACUACGUGCUGCGCACCAAGAUCCAGUAA